CUACCGAGUCUUCUUCUUGCUUCGAUCAUGAAUUCACUUCGACAGACUUCGAUUUCAUUUAUCAUCUGAUCAAUGUAUAUUUAUCCACUUGACAAUAAAAAUUUCUAAAAUUUUUUGUUUCAAUCAAUUAAUAAUACCUAACUGUUUCUUCCAAUGGAAGUAAUACGUUCAAAUUUUCAAACCGUUUUGACCGAAUUAGAUGAGGUGUUAAGCAACGCAACAUUUUUAGCGAUUGAUGGAGAGUUUACUGGACUCACUUCAGGCCUGGAUGCAAAACCUUUUGACACACCCUCUCAGUAUUAUGAAAAACUUAGCUCAGGAUCCAUGGAUUUCCUCCUUAUUCAAUUUGGUCUAUCGGUUUUUACAUACGAUGAAAAAAUGAAGAAGUACAAACACCAGAGUUACAAUUUUUAUGUAUUCCCUCGUGGAAACAACCGAUCUGCUCCAGACUGUCGUUUCAUGUGUCAAACAUCAUCAAUCAUGUUUUUAUCAAAUCAAGGUUUCGAUUUCAAUAAGUUGUUCAGUUCAGGUAUACCUUAUUUAACUUCGAGUGACGAAGAAAAAAUGAUCAAACGUUUAGACGACAAGCGACGCAUAAGAGAUGAUGGGUUAGAAAUUAUUCCAGUUUCCGAUGAUGAUAAACCUCAAAUAGAUGAAAUCUGUUCCAAAAUUAAUGAAUUUCUAAGAUCAGAAGCUGACGAGCUAUUAAUUGACCGAUGUAAUGCUUAUAUCAGACGAUUAAUGUUUCAAGAGGUUCGAAUCAGGUGGCCUGAUAAAGUAAAAUUGGAAAGUAAAAUCGACGGAGUAUUACAAGGGCUUGUCGCAUAUAAGUUAGGAAGUAAAGACGAAGAGGAUAAAAAAGAAACAUACAGAAGAGAAAAAGAAAACAUAGCAAUCAAAGAAGCAGUAGGUUUAACUGCUUUAUUAAGAAAAAUUGCAGACUCGCAAAAACUCAUUGUAGGUCAUAAUAUGUUACUGGAUCUUUGCCAUAUAGUUCGACAGUUUUUUGGACCACUUCCUGAAAACUAUUCAGAAUUUAAAGCUCUUAUUCAUAAUUUAUUCCCCAAACUCAUCGAUACUAAAAUUAUUGCACAGUCGUCUAUGCUGAAAGAUUAUAUACCAUCAUCCGUACUCAGUCAUGUCUUUGAAACCUUAAGCAAAAAACCCUUUACAAUGCCUGAUGUUAUCCCCAUCAAAAACCGCAGUUACGAUAGCGCGGCGUAUCAUGAAGCUGGUUAUGAUGCAUUCGUCACUGGAAUGUCAUUUAUUGCUAUGACUAAUUUUCUUAGUAAAAACCAAAUGAAAGAACAACAUACAGGCUCGUCACAGUUCGAUAUUGAAACAAUCUUGCCAGUCUCAUCUGUUCUCAGCCCAUUUUUAAACAAGUUACUCAUUGUAAGAUUCAAAGAUCCUCAAUACAUAAAUCUGAGUGGGAACGAUCCCAGUCCAAACAGAGACCACGUCUUUCACAUAACGUUGCCUCAAAACCAAAAGACUAGCAACAUUUCUCAACUAUUUCAUCAAUAUGGUGGAGCUUAUAUAUCAUGGAUUAGCGACACAACGGCAUAUGUGAGUUUAAAUCGUCGGGAACAAAUCUCUGUACUAAAAACACAGUUGAAGAAAAAUAAUCAAAUUGGUAAUUGCUGGAUACAAUCCUACAAGGAUCAUCAGGCGUCUCUUGUGUCGACAGAAAAUAAUAACCAAUAUACCGAUCGUAAACGAAAACAACCACCCACAGAAAAUUCUUUGGAGGAUCGAAAAGAAACUAAGAUCGAAGAAAAAGAAGGAGAGGAAGGCUGGGAACUCGCGACAGGACCCUACAAAUUUCAAUUCAUGCGUUCAAGAACAUCAAAGAUUAUUAAAAUCUUCAGGAUUGAGCUUUCAACCAACAAUCGCGUUUGUCGGCCCUUUGGAUGCUGUUGAAUCGUCUUAUGUUUUUGUCAAUGAAAUCAUAUAUCCUGUAAGUUCUCCACUAGAAGCACUUAAUCUGUGCUUUCAAAUUUUCUGGGUAUUAGAUUGUAAGUAUCCAUUACGUGCAAACAUAAUUUGGUCGUUUUUACAAACUGCUGGAUACCAAAUAACCACGAAAGAUCGUUUAACUCAAGCAGUCGUUACAUUGAAUCACAACAUCAAUGAAAAAAUAAAUGCUGCUAAUAAUAUUGCCAACCCACCACUAUGAAUUUUAAUAUUUUUUUUUUAAUUUUUUUUUUUCAUAAA